GCGUGUCUACCUGCAGCUCUGAGUCAGGCAGCAGGUGCCGGUGCCUGGUGCUUCUCUGCAGGAGGAGCGGUCAUCAUGGCUCCGGGUUACUGUGAAGAUUGCUCCAGACUUCUGGAAGAGUUCCACUUUCAUCUGAGGAAAGUUUGCAGAGAGUUCGAGCAGAAAAUAAAAACCAUCUUCAGGGAGCUGUGUCAGUGCACGUGCUUCAGCGUCACACCUGAGAGCAGUUACCGGAGGAGGAAGAGGAGGGGGAGGAGGAGGCUCUCUCUGAACGACGAGGAACUUCUGCUCGAUGAUGAGGAGAGUCUUCAAACUCUGAGCAGACUCUCAGCCUCACAGAACACUGAGCUGCAGACGACAGCGGCCAUGUUUUAUCUGCACCUCAGUCAUCACUUGCAGUCUCCUCUACCAGACGCAUUGCUGGAGCCGCUCAUGAACUUACUGCUGUCCUCUGACCUGGACGUGCAGAAGACAAUCGCUCUGUCGUUAGUCAAUCUGUUAGUGAAGAACAACGUGUGCAGGGAGUCGGUGAUAGAGAUGGGGAUGCUGGUGCCGAUCCUGGAGCUGAUCCAGUCUGGAGACUCCAACGCUCAGAGCCACUCCUGCGCCUGCGUCUGCAUGCUCGCCUCCUCAGGUCACUGUCUUUCAAUCUCUAAAUUGUCGUAUAAUUAUUCUUGUUUGACGUCAAAUCAUUUUUUUUCUGCAGAACCGAACAGAGAAGCAGUCAUGGCGGAGGGGGUGAAGCCGCUGCUGGCUUUGGCAAAAUCCUACGACCCUCAGGUGCAGCAGGUCGCCUCCUGGGCUCUGCUGCACCUCACUCACUCAGAUUGGUCCACGAGGCUGCUGUGUGAGGCGGGGGGGUUCCCGGUGCUGGUGCUGCUGCUGCAGGGCUCAGACUCAGAGGUCCAAUUUUACAGCUGCUCCGCCCUCUGCAACAUCUCCGCUGCUCAGGAGCACCACCCCCAGCUGCUCAGCAUCGGGGGGCACUUCCUGUUGAGGUCCCUGCUGACGCUCGUCUCCUCCUCCGUGCAAAAGAAUUCCAUGCAAGCGUGCAGAUGCCUACAGACGCUCUCACAGAACGAUCUGAUCCAGGAGCAGCUGAUGGAGCUGGACUGUGUGUUGCCGCUGCAGUCGCUGCUGAAGACCUCCUCUGCUGGGUGGAGAGAGUCGGCCGUCACGCUGCUGUCUGCGCUGACAUCACACACGCCUAACAAAGACGUCCUGGUGAUCGAGGGUCUGCUGCAGGAGGUGGGUCAGCUGCUUCUUCAUCCCACAUGCAGCUCCGCCAUCCUCACACACAGCUGCAGGAUCAUCAGCGACCUGAGCAGCUGCAGCGAGGGUCAGCAGGCUGUGAUGGAGGGUCGCUGUUUAUCAGGACUCCUCGGGACUCUGCUGUCUCCGUCUCUGACUGAUGACGCUUUAACGCAUCUGACGUCAUGCUUACGAAACCUCGUGACACAGCAUGCACUGAAGACUGAGUUGUCGGGGAUUAUAAAUUCAGAGCAAGUUUCCAGACUCAUAAGGCUGUCGGUGCAAACACAAAAUCCUCAGUUGUCGUACAACAGCUCGGCCGUCAUCAGCAGACUGGAAAUGACCGGAGAGAUGGUCCAGCUGCUGAGGCCUCACUACGUCACCAUGUUGCAGUACCUGUCGGCGUUUCUCAAAAAUAAAGAUGUGAAGCUCCAGCAGCUCGGCAUGGUGACGAUAUUUAACCUCAAGACAGACGGAGACUUCUCCUCUCUGCUGUCGGGCAGCGAGGUGGAGGCUCAGCUCUGGACGGUGCACGAUCAGACGGAGGAAACCAGACGGCUGCUGCAGAUGAUCCAGCCUCUCUCUCCAUCUCCUGUUAACCCUUCACUGCCUCAACACAAACACUGAGAGCUGUGCACUGAGAGCAGCAUGUUUUAAAGUGUUUAUUUAUUAGUUUUUAUGCUUACAGUCAACAAACUAAGUGAAAAACAAGGCAGAGAAGCGGCAUAGUAUCAACUCUCAACACGUGAUAGUUACAAGCAAUCGGAUAUUUAGGAUUGGAUACAUUUAGUUUUUUAUAUAUGCUUUCAUUAUAAUAAACUCACUUAAACUCUACGCCUCCUUACUAUGCUUUGUAAAGCGCGCGAUAUCAAACAGAGAAAACUGUUAGUGCAAUAAAGGCUCUGUGCAUCGAAUUCUCUACAACAACACUCACUGAAACUGAAGCAAAGUCUUUGGAAACUAAGUUCCUUGGCAGCUUUGGAAUAUGUGAGCGCUAUACGUCACAAACUCAAAAGGCAGGAGACGAGGAACAACUUAUACUCUUGUGUGCAACUACUAAUCUAAAAGUGGCAAACUAAGGAAGGAAAAGUGCUCAAACAUAUCAGGAAUAAGCAAAAAGCACAUGGCUAAGAUGAUUGUAAGAAUGGCUAUUCCUAUUACUUCACACACUCGCCGUCACCACUACAUCUACUGCUUGUUGAAUGGUGGUCUUUAUAUGUUCUGUACUGUAAAUGAAGCAGUAAAUAACUUGCCCAGUAUUUGUGCCAUGGGUUACACACACACAGAGAAAAGUGACGCUGACGUCUCAGUGAGAGGCGAGGCUGGAAUCUUACAUGCUCUUUCAAUGUGCAGAAACAUGGCCGAGCUGCAGGGAGGAAACGCAGCUCUCCAAUAAAGUGUGUGAACGUCUGCAUGGCUGUGCAGAUGCUCAGAUGACCUCUGCAGGGAGACACAGAAAAGGAUAUUUGAUUAAAUGAAUCAGAGCAGCUUAAGAGAUGAGAACAUGUAUGAACUAUGUUUAGACUCCAUUAGGAGGUUCGGGAUGUACAGGAGAAGGGGAGGAUCUCCACACACCUUCUUUACUUUGAAUACUGUCAGGAAUUGUGUGACGGAGAUACAAUUAUGCAUUAAUAAUAACUCUAAUUAAUUGCAGUGUUGUGGCAAAAGGACAGCUGUUUGAAUCAUUGAGUCGUUAGUGGACGGUUGAGAUGCAAUUUGGAUGGAAAUAACCUGCCGUGACGCUGUAAUUUACUCCCAAUAAACCCUUGUACAAGUUUUA